GUCAUUGUUAGUGUGCACGAGGCCGAGGCGAGAGUGGCAACACCGUCACACUACCAGGACCCCACUAACAACUGCACUCCAGCGUCACACCCGACAGUUCGAUCCCAGCGUCCUACACACACCUCGCCACAACAAUCUGAACAUUUCCUACAAGGCAGGUGUGACUGAUGCCGUAAAACCAGUUGCAUUCCAAGUGAUACUGUACCAGGUAUUGAAAAUCCAGUGUGUGUCUGGUCUUGCCCCAGCUAGAAAGGUAUCACACUUGUGACAAGCUUUUAACUAGCUUCCCCAUGAAAGCACAAUGCCCAGCUUACCGGAGGCAGUAGAUAUGAAAUAUGGUGAUGAAUGUCCAGAUGCACAAGUAACAGAAGUGGCCUGCGUGGCACUUACCCUUAAGCGGUCUGGUCGCCAGCGGCUUCCAUCAGUACUCAUUCUUUCUGAAUGUGACAUAGAAAAAGCUGGAGAUGAGGAGGAAGUGGAGAGGAAAUGUGAAGGAGUACGAGAACUAGACUUGUCGAGGAAUAAACUCAAGGAAUGGAAAGAGGUAUUCAAAAUACUGCGGCACUUGCCUUCACUAGGCUUUCUUAAUCUGAGUUAUAAUUCUUUUGAAGCCCCCAUAACGGACCCUUCAGAUGUUGUGAGCCUCACAAAUUUAACUCGGCUUGUGCUCAAUGGAACGUCACUCCCCUGGAAGGAUGUCCAUAUUCUUCUUGAAAAUGCUCCAAGAGUAGAAGAAUUGCAUCUUUGUAAAAAUGGAUACCAGAAGGUAGAGACAACUUCAAAGCAGUAUGCUUCAGUCAGUCGAGUCCACUUCAAUAAUAAUCCCAGUACAGAUUGGCCAGAGAUUGAAUCUCUCGGGCAGAUGUUUCCGUACCUGGAAGUGUUGAUCCUGGCAGAAUGUCCACUGAGCACCCUGACCAAAGAUGGACACUAUCGUGAAAAUUUCCCCAAUCUCAAAUACCUUUCCCUCAACAGCACAAAAAUUUGCACCUGGGAUUCAGUAGAUCUAGUCAACAAGUUUCCUAAACUAACAGAGUUAAGACUACAGCAGUGUCCAUUAUAUGAGAGCUAUAAAGAUGAAGAGAGACGACAGCUAACAAUUGCCAGACUCUGGAGAAUUCAAAGAUUAAAUGGUGGGGCAUUAAUCACUCCAGAAGAGAGAGAAAAUGCAGAACGAGCAUUUAUUAGAUACUACAUGAAUGAAGACAUGCGACCGAGUAGAUAUGAAGAGCUUGUUCACCAGCAUGGAGAGUUAGAUCCCUUGGUGGAAGUCAGUCUUCAGCCUGAGAAAGAAGUACAAGUAACAAUCCGGUUUGGUGAAGUAACCAUACAAAAGGUUAUAAGUGUUUACUCUAGAGUCUUGGAUUUGAAGAAGGAACUUGAGCCAAAGUUUGGGUUGUCGCCCAGUAAAAUGCGGCUCUUUUACCACGACAAAGGUUUGGAUUCUGGUGUUGCCUAUGCACCUGAGGAACUCAAAAUUAACAGCAAGCAAUUGUACACCAUCAAUAUCCAUUCUGGGGAUGAAUUCAUUGUUGAGCCCAAGGUUAUUAAGCCAUGAGAUAUGACAGCAAACAAAACUGAGGUAUUUUUGUUAGCAAUUUCACUCAGAAAUCCUACAUGCAUAUGUGAAUGAAGUGUCUUAAACAGAAGCCUGUGCUUUACUGUUAUUUAACAGGUCAAGUUAUGCCGUGCAAGAUCCUUUUUUUUUCCUUUAUGUUGGGUAUGUGUGCAUUUACACCAUUGUGUGUGUUACCUAGUAGCCAGAGUAUUUUGUUUUUCUAACAGCUGUACAAAAAUUGGUCUGCAUAACAGAAUUUUAUUGAAUGUAGCAGUUACUAAUAUAUUUAUGCCUAGUUUUACUUAUGUUAGGCAGUUAAGGGAAAAUAGGCAUAUUUAGGUUAGGCCAAGUUGCUAAGAUCAUUUUUUGUUCAAAUUACAAAUUUUGCAUAUAUUUAAUAAGGUGAUUAUAUUUAUAAAUAUUUUAAAGGAAAUUUGGCUUAAGCAUCUCAGACAAUUAAACAUGACAUACGUAAUAUAAAACACACACCCACACACCGAAAAUAGCCAAUAUAAUCACCAGGUACAAAAUCAGGAUGGCAAUUAACAAAAUUUACAAGUAGGAAUUUUGUAAACUUGCAACUUUCAAGAACACGCAACCAUGGGCACACACUAAGAAAACAAAGGUGCUAAAAAAUAUAUUAGUUUUCAUUUUGCCAACAGAGUUGUUAACAGCUGCAAUGAUUUAGACGAGAGGGGGUUGUGAAGGCCAAAACAAUCUGGAGCUUUGACGUGUAUGACAGACUAUAGGGAAGAUGGGACGCCACAAGUAUAGCGCUCAUCCUAUAACUACCCUUAGGCAAUUACACACAAAAUCACAAACAUGAUUUACUUAAUGCAGAAUAAUCACAUAAGAAAUUAAAAAAAGGUUUAUUCAGAUCUGUUUUUCAUCUUCAGGGAAAUACUUUACUGAAAAUGUCACAAACCAAUGUGCUAGAAACUUUAGUAUUUAAUGUUUGUUGAAGAUCCUUGUACAUACAUACACAUGCACAUACAUACUCAUGUGCAAACACAUGCUAACACAGAGGACAUGAUGGCAUUCCUGACAAACAGAAGAUUUAUAUAGAGCUAGCUCUAGCCUUACUUACUGUCUAGAAAUAUGAAAGCCAUGGUCAAGAAAAUUUGGAAGAGAAGAGCAAAUAUAAUGGCAGGAAAUUUAACUGAACAGUAAUAAGUGCAUAAGAGUAUUGUGCAAUCCAAUUAUUUUACAAAUGCUUAGAGGAAAUAGCUGUUCAAACUCCUGAUAUCAAAC